CGGACGAGGCCUAAUGGUACGCCUGGCAGGCGGCGGCCGGUGGCGAAGCCGCCGUUUUGCUCGACGAGCCCACACUGGCAAAAAAGCAGGUCGUCCCGGCGCCAGAGGGUGAAACCGCGACCGCUGCUGCCCAACACAACGCGCAGCGUAGCGUAUACACACGCACCGCGCUCGCGGCCGCAAGGGCUGCCCUGCCAAGACAGUACAUCUAGACAGUACCACAAGGGCUGCCUUGGGCUCGCAAGAUGGCGUCGACAGCAAGACCGGAAGCGUCGACAGCACACCCGGAAGCGGCGUCGACGACGCCAACGGCGGAAGAGACCCUCGACGAAUUGCUACGAGACGCCCCGAGGAACGCCGAAGCGCGCGCGCGCCAGGAGGCGGCGUGGGACCUCCAGGGCAAAGAAGACGCGCGACGCCUGCUCUACGAGCGGGAAGUAGCUGAGAGACACUCAAAAUUACUAGCAGCAUCGAUCAACGCCUUCUGGCGCGCCGAAGUCUUGGCCCAGGGCCACGAGCAAGGCGCUUUACCGCUACCGAAGGAGACCGUGGCUUUGAUAGGGGAGUUCGCCGAGCCCACCGCGGACCUUGUGGUUAAUGAGGCGAUCCGCCGGCGCGAGGGCGGCGCGGCGAAGCCCGUGUCGAGGUUGGCGCCGCCGUCGGCCCGUGUGGCCGGUCCGCACGCCGCGUCCAGGCCGUCGCCGCCGGAGGAAAACGCGUGCAAGGAGCGGCGCGACGGCGGUGUGAAGAUCUACGCGCGGAUACGACCUACCGCUGGCGAGGGAUCGGUCCGCGUAGUCGAGCGGUCGAGCGGCGACGCCGUCAUGCUACACGAGGCGAAGCUGAGCCGCUCACAUCGGACGUUCGCGUGCCGGCACCAUCGCGUGGCGGUCGACGGCGUCUUCGAGCGCUCAUCGACAGAAGUCCUGGAGAAGGUCGUCGACCCAUUGAUCGACGACGUCCUGCGAGGCAGCGCGGCGACGCUGUUACUUUUUGGGCAGACGGGGACCGGGAAGACGCAUACUCUGAGAGAGGCGUUGACGCGCUUCGUAUCCAGGAUAGACACUGAAUGUACAGUGCGCUUCGUGGAGCUGGCAGGGAAAGCUUGUCGGGAUCUGCUGAACGACGCGUCAUCAGUAAAGCUGCUGAGUGAUAGCAAUGAUGUAGUUCAUUUCAAGGGCGCGCCGCCGCGCGUCUGUCCUGAUAGCAAGGCGUUGCGAAACACUCUGGACGAGGGCCUUGCAUUACGAAGUUCAGUACAGACGGAACGGAACGCGGCAUCCUCAAGGUCGCACGCCGUCGUCGAAAUCUCCAUCAAUGACGUGACCAUGACCUUCGUGGACCUCGCCGGGUCGGAACGGAAGUGGGAGACGAUGCAAAUGAGGGGCCGGCAGCACCAGCGCGAGUCCGCGGACAUUAACUUGAGCCUGAUGGCGCUCAAGGAUUGUUUUAGGGCGCGCUACGAGGGGCGGCGGAUCCCGUAUCGAGCUCAUAACUUGACGCGGGUCUUGCGGAAAUGCUUCGACGAGUGCUCCGUGGCCAUCGUCUCCACAUUAUCAGCGGCGCCCGAGGAUCUCAUUCAUUCCCUCUACUCGCUGGAGACGGUCUGCCUCAUGGCUCCUGACCUGAUGACCAAGUCCGUGGUGGAGACGUCGCGACUGUUCGCCGAGACGGGCUCGGUGGUCGGCGGCGAUCCCAUGGAGUGGGGCGCGGAGCAGUUCCACCCCGUGUGGAAAUCAAAUCGAUGCGAUGCUAUCUCCGUGAGUGGGCCUGCUCGAUGGCGUGGAGGUUCGCGAAAGUCUAACCUAGCUCACUGGUUGAUUUCCACACAGGUUCCAUCGCUGGCUCCUCACGGCCGAAAACGGGCGCUUCUCGCACGUCGUCGUGCCCGAGGGCACGACGGGCAAGGAGUUGUUGGGUAUGAACGGCGCGGCGUUGGGGGCGCUAUUUGCGGGCACUGGACGGGAAGGGAGGGCUUCGAACGAAGGUAGUGUCUGGACGAUAGAGGCCAUGGGCGGCCGGGGCCUCGCGAAGGAGAUGGUCGCGGCGCUGCGGCGCGAGGCGUGCCGCUGGCGGAUCGGGUAAUGUGUUUUCUGGAGUCUUAGGGGGGGGGAGGCUCAGGACGGCGGCGGCUUGACGACCUCGCCCUCGACGACCUUCGGCGAGCCGCUCGCCGGCGCGGCGGGGUCGACCUUGGCGUCGGCGGCGUGCGCACCCGUAUGCGUGAUCUUCUCGAUGGCGUCGCCGAUCGUGGCCACGGGGCGGUCGAGGAACUCGUUGACCUUGUCCAUCACGCCGCCCUUGGCGGGCGCGGGCGCGGCGGCGGCGGCGUCUGUCUUAGUCUUUUCGGCGUCGGCCAUCGUUCUAGCUACCUGCGCGGAAGGCCGGCGCGUUCACGCGAAGCGCGCGCGCGGACGAUCGACCGCGCCAGCCGCCGCGCAGUCCCGCGCUUUCAUUCCCCUCGUGGCUUGGGGGUGGCGAGCGAGUCUCUCGUCCGCCGCGGACUAGUGUUUUUUUUUCCAUGCACACACAGGAUGUGUACUUUAACUCUGCUUGUGAGCGUUGUGUGGUCGCGGAUGCGACGCAGAGAUGAGAGUGAGUCGGUGAGAUCCACGGAGGCUAUCGCGAAACGCGAAGGCGGCGUGAAACUGGUGGUCGAGUGCCU